UGCUCCUCAUGAUGGCAACGGUAAAGCAAAAAAGUGUCCUGCAAGUGAGAGACAUAUAAUGGCUCCUUCCCUGGGUGCAGAAACAAAGGCCACAUAUUCAAAAUGUACCAAGUCAGCCAUCAAUAAAUUCUUGAAGACGAAGAAUGCUUCUUGCCUUUCAAACCGUAGGUGCGUGAGCUCUACCAUGAAGGAGGGUGAACAAGAAAAUAUGAAACUGAGGCAAUGUGGUCAAUAUGUGCCUGAAAACCAGGAGCUCUUGAAUGCUACGGUCACCGCACCGUGCACACUCAGUUGUAACGUAAUGUUACCAACAGGGACAGAGGGAUCAUUCGACAGACGUGCGCCCGAUUUCAUGGACUGUAAGGAAAAGGAAGACUGCCAGGUGUGCAACGAUGGAUUCUGCGUUUAGACCCACGAAACGCAAAACCAGCCUUUUAUACAUCAUUCUACAUACACGCAGAACGAUGAUAUUCUGUUACCCAUUGUUUCGUCGAACAAGACGCCGAAAGCAAUAACCCGCGUUUCUAACCAGGGCCGAAAGCACCGGUAAUCUGUACAACUCAUUGGUCGUUGCGGAGUAAAAUUUAUACCUGCACA